GAGAUACAUUAUCUGAAUUCAGUUAUUUCAUGCGGGCACUAUUGGCAGUUGAAAAGCCUGUCUAACAGGCAGUAGAAAGGUGUGACUGCUUCAAAUUUAUUGCUAAGAAUCUUGUUACAGGAAGUGGAAUACGAUUCUUACCAGCUUUAGUCGAAUAUUCUUGCAAGACAGUGAGCAACGAUCUUACCGUACGUAUUAAACAACUCAGGAAGGCUGGAUUUAGCUUUGUCUACACAACUAGACUUCAGAUUCCCAAGAACGGAAUUCCUACUGUGGAGUUGCACAACCGGAGUCAGUCACAUCAAUGCUCUUUUAAAAACAGGUUUAAAAUCCGGACUUUUGGCAAAACAGAUUAACUCGUCAGAAAUGGCUUUAACCGGUAGCCAAACGAAACCGAUGUUGAAUGAACAGCCCAAUGUUCACUCUGUACAAUAAACCAACGUUCGCCUUAAAGAUAAAAGGAAAGAAGCCAUUUCACACCAUUGUGUAACAAGGUGCAAGUCCACCGUCAAUCUAACCUAGGGGAAAUGUCCUACCAGUGAACCAAACGGAAGCAUAGCUAUAGCGGGAGCAGUCCUCAGCAUGGCAGAACCAAACUUUACAUGUAACCCUAACGACUCCUUCAAGUAUACGUUGUACAGUAGUGUGUACAGUUUGGUGUUUCUAAUUGGCCUCGUGUCAAAUUGUGUGGCUCUGUACGUCUUGAGGUGUUCCUUACAACUCCGAAACGAAACGAUAACCUACAUGACCAACCUGGCAGUGUCAGACCUGCUGUUUGUUUUCACGCUGCCCUUUCGGAUUUUUUAUUAUGUAACAAGAGACUGGCCUUUUGGGGAUUUGCUGUGCAAGGUUUCGGGAACGCUGUUUCUCACCAAUAUGUAUGGGAGCAUCCUCUUCCUGACCUGCAUCAGCGUGGAUCGGUUCCUGGCUAUCGUUCACCCUUUUCGGUCAAGGAUGCUGAGAUCGAAACGAAACGCCAUCAUUGUGUGUGUGGCCGUGUGGGUGACAGUGCUCACCGGAAGCGUGCCAGCAACCUUUUUGCAAACCACCAACAACACAGCCAAUCAAACCAAGACCUGCUUCGAGAACUUCUCCAGCCAGGCUUGGAAACACUUUCUGUCGAAGAUUGUCAUAUUCAUUGAGAUCGUGGGCUUCUUUAUUCCUCUGCUGUUGAACAUCUUCUGUUUCUCAAUGGUGCUUAAGACUUUAAAACAACCCAUUACUCUUUGCCGAAGCAAGUUAAACAAGAAAAAAGUUCUCCGCAUGAUUGUGGUCCAUUUCCUCAUUUUCAUCACCUGCUUCGUGCCCUACAAUGUAACUCUGGUGAUGUAUUCACUGGUAAGGACUGGAACAGUGGGAAACUGCUCUGUAGUGACCGUAGUUAAAGCAAUGUACCCCAUUACGCUAUGCUUUGCCGUAUCCAACUGUUGUUUUGACCCAAUUGUGUAUUACUUCACUUCAGAAACCUUUAAGAAUUCCAUCAAGCGAAAGUCCAAGUCACUACGGCUGGACUCGGACUUUGAGGCUUCGCACUCUACCAACUUCCUCAAUAGUACCGUAAGAACACUAAAAUCCAAAAUGCUCAAUUCAGAGUCGACUGUUUAAGAUCUCUGUGGCAGGUUUUUGUCACCAAAUAAAUUCUGAACCAAUUAUAAAUGUCGAUAUCUGGUAGAAUCACAGAAUCCAUACAGUGUGGACACAGGCCUUUCGGCCCAAUGAGUCCACACCCAGACCCAUUCCCCAAC